AUGACUUUAUAAAACUAAGUAAAUAUGAAACCAGCAAACCACAAACCGGGGCGCAAGAAACUGUCAUCUCAAAAUCCCAUCGAGAUCGCAGUUAGGACAUGGUUCAAUUCCAUAGCGCCAGCCCAACAAUCCCAAUCUCAGCUCGAUGAAUUAGUUGCUCGGGCCCCAAAGCGAUGGACAUCGUAUGAACCGAUGGUCUUACUACCGGCCGGCUCAUUCGACGCCGACGCGUGGAAGGAAUGUCUCUCAAGCCUGUCCGUCGAACAGGCGGACGCACUAUGGACACAAAUCCUAGCGGAGAUCUCAAAGAAGACCGGUGGACUCGGGGCCCGGCUGACCCACCUAGCCAUCAACGAGGGCAUUCCCGCGGCUCUUCAUAGCAAUAACGCGGAGCAUGUCGGAGCACCAGAAAAUAUCCUGCGCAGCCCGACCGGUCUCCGGAUCCUCCACGGCGACUUCGGCCCCGCCUCCGCCUCCGGAACACCGUCGGAUUUCGAGACCGCGUUUUGGGUCUCGACUCGGCAGAACGGGAUCUUCCAGACCUGGGCGCCGCGGUGGACGAUGUUUAGCCGGGGCAACAUCAAGGAAAAGGCGCGCCUGCUGGAUUUCCAUAAAGGCAGAUCCCCAAGCAGCAACGGGGUGGAGUUACGUGAUGCUUUGGCGGUCGACCUGUACGCGGGAAUAGGCUACUUCACCUUUUCGUAUGCGAAGCUGGGUAUGCGAGUAUUGUGUUGGGAGUUGAACCCGUGGAGCGUGGAGGGCUUGCGUCGAGGCGCCAGGGGGAAUGGCUGGUCGGUGCGAGUUGUUCAGGAUGAGGUUGAUUUGGCCAUGCCGAUGAAAGAGCUGGUAAGCGGCGGCGAACAAAUAAUAGUCUUCCUUGAGGAUAACAGACAUGCUGCGCGGAGAAUAAGAGAGUUAAGCGGAUUAAACGUCCUCCAUGUUAACUGCGGUCUAUUACCUUCUAGCGAAGCCUCUUGGAAAGACUCUUGGGAUAUUGCCACGCGAAGUGAAGAAGAGGAGACGUGGUUGCAUUUACAUGAAAAUGUAGGAGUGGCCGAUAUUGAAAGACGGAGGGAGGAGAUUGAACAGUAUUUCUUAGACCUAAGACGUAAGGACGGCUGCGGCAGAACAGCUCGUGUAGAACACGCAGAGCUUGUCAAAACGUUCGCACCGGGAGUCUGGCACUGCGUCUUCGAUCUGCAUAUUACAAGAUCUAGUAGCAUAACAUGACAGAGUAUCGUACACCAUGCAUCAUCAUACGCAUCUGAACAGCCAGCCCAUUUCGUAAAUCGUGUAUGUCCCCUCCUAAAUCGCA